GCUCCUCCUACUCGGCACGGCCGCUUUUCGGUGCCCUGUGCUCCGGCCCCUUCAGGACCAGCGCGGCCGCCGUAGCGAGCGCGGCAACAUGGCCGCCUUCGUUUUCGCGGGCGCCGUGAGAGCCGCUUCGGGAAUCCUACGGUCCCUGAAUAUUUUGGCAUCCUCAGCCUACAGAAACUGUGUCCAGAAUGCCUGUGUUAAUUCUGCAUUGUCCACCGGACGUUUCAGUUGUAUUCAGACACCAGUCGUUUCCUCUGCUCCCAGACUUGUUGGAAACCUGACAUGUGGGCAUGUUACAGUCCUUAAUAGAGUGACCCCUUUGCUCGCCAGCAUCCUGAAGCCUCCUGUCAGAACCCUGACCUACUGCAGUACCCAGAAAGGCAAGAGGAAGACUGUGAAAGCUGUCAUCUAUCGGUUUCUUCGACUUCAUUCUGGCCUUUGGCUGAGGAGAAAGGCUGGUUAUAAAAAAAAAUUAUGGAAAAAGACGGCUGCAAGAAAAAGACGCUUGAGGGAAUUCGUGUUCUGCAAUAAAACCCAGAGUAAACUCUUGGAUAAGAUGACAACGUCCUUCUGGAAGAGGCGGAACUGGUACGUUGACGACCCCUAUCAGAAGUAUCACGAUCGAACCAACCUCAAGGUCUAGAGCAGAGUCUUGGGCUUCCCAGUCACAGAGGGUUCUCUUUGUACUCGUGAUGUCCUUGCAAAAUGAAGAACAUAAGACUUGAAGUAAAUUGUACUGAUGAACAUACAAUACCAACAUUAAACUUAAGCCGUAAAGCUUAAUGGAUUACACGUGCCCGGAUUUGGCCAGAGAACUGAGCUCCGAGUUGCGCGUGGCCUCUCGCGUUGGUGGUGGCUUCACUAGUUGUUCCAGUUAGGCUUGUCUAGCUGCACGGUUUAAAGCGAGGGAAACCUCAGAAGACUGGCACCAGUGGAGAGUGCAGGCAGUGUGACCCUAUGUAAGGACGAGGUGGGACACCCCCGCCCCUGCCUCAGGAGCAGGUGUCAACAGCGCUCCUGGGCCUCGAGCCAGGGAGGGAGGCUGCUGCUCUGCAGGCACAUCCGCCAUCUCCUCGCUCACCUGCUCUCCCGGUCACGGCUUCUGCUUACACACGGCUCCCGUCCCCUUGCAGCGAUGGCAGCUUGCGCCCUUAAGGUCCUCUACGUCCUGAUCUCAGCUCCUGUCCUGUCCACCUGCCAGGAGACACCAGCCGGUUAGCUCCUAUGUACCCCAGGUCUCAUUGGGGUCACCUCUGGUGUAGCGAAUGGCCCCUCCUAGGUCAGGAGCCCCCCAACCCACUUGGGUGUCUGCUGCUUCACUGGGAGCAGAAACUGGUGACAGGAGCAGUUUUGCUGAGAGGUGCAUGCAGUGUGGCAGCAUGCCUAACGUCCAGCACCCCGGCUCACUAUUCACGGGGUUCUCAUGUCGUUCGUUGGAGCAGGACAAGAGUAAGGGCAUAGCCUUUCAGUGUGAGCUGCCUUCCUGAGACAGGGGCGCUGUACAAGACAAAAGGACAAAUAUCUCAAAAGUCAGUUUGUCCUCUUGAGAUUUCAUGUUUUCAUUCAUAAGCGUGAACUCUUCAGCCGGGUGUGGUGGUAAUCCCAGCAGCACAGGAGGCUGAGGCAGGAGGGUGGCAAGUUCAAAGUCAGCCUCAGCAACUUGGUGAGGCCCUAAGCAACUCAGCAAGACCCUGUCUCAAAAUAAAAAAGGAUGGAGUUAUGGCUCAGUGGUUAAGUGCCCCUGGGUCCAAUCUCCAGGACCAAAAAAAAAGUAAGCUUUUCCCAGAAUAUUCCAGAAACGCAUUGUAGACUCUAAGGGGGGAAAGUAAUUUCAGAAACGACCCAGUGGGUGAAGCACGGUUUCUGUGGAGAGGGCGGGUAGUGGCCCUCAGCUCUCCCGUCAGUCAUCUGGGAGACGUCUCAGAAGCGCCGUGGGCUGGAAGCCACUGUCAGUUCAGGAGCGGGUCGCCGUCAGACCCCUUCCUCCGGGGCUGAGACAGGCUCCUCGUGUCAGAAUGAGGUGGCGCGUCCAACAGGAGGAUGGGGUCUCCGAGCCUGUGUGUGUUCAUUAAAUAGAAAGGGGCAGCAGACGGCUUCUGAAGCCAGAGGGCCGUGUGUGUCUGGUGGGACCGGCUGACAUGGGCGGUGUGAUCGGUGUCUAAGAAGCUGGGGAGCAGGACCUUUCCCACAGCCUCCACGGGGGACGUGAACUUGGACGCCUGGGGUCUCUGCUGCAGGGUAUCAGGGCCCCUGGGCUCCUCCAGGCCAGGGACAGCGGGGGGAGAGGAGGACUGGCAGGCAGGGCCUCAGCAUCCAGAGAUGGGCUGAGGGGGACAGGCCAGUGUAGGAGACACUGGUCUGUGGGUAGGAGGGCUUAUCAAAACGAUUUUAGAGUUUGGAUAAUAAAACAGCUCUUGUUAAGUGAUACUCAAAGUGAUACUCAAGUGUGUUUGUAAUUUAGAAGGUGCGUGGACAGUUUAGUCUUUCUGGACACUUACCGUGUCCCAGCGUAUUUAUAAGACCAGGCACAAACCCACAAGGCUGCUGAACUGCAUGCCGGCCUUACAGAGGAGAUGCCAGGACUCCUGGUUUAAAUCAGAGGAAAGUGUGGUGCUGAAUCAGUCACCCAGAGGUGUCACUGAUGACCCUAAGACCCGAGUCAGACUCCCGGUGUCCUCUCUCUCCGUCUUCUGAUAGCAUAAGGACAUUCUUGUCUAAGCCAGCAAGUUACUGAUGUAGCACUGCAAAUACUAAAUAUUUUGUAACACUAUUACUUAAGCUUUUUUUGCUUUGUAUGCUAGGCAGUCACUCUAUCCCUGAGCUGCAUCUCCAGCCCUUUUUAUUUUGAGACAGGCCAGGUUGGACUUGAACUUGCUCUCCUGCCUCAGCUUCUGAGUAACUGAGAUUACAGGAGUGGCCACUGCACCCUGCCCAGUUCAUCUUUGAAAUUUCAUUUGUUUGUUUAUUUGGGCACCAGGGAUUGAGCCCAGGGGCAUUUAACCCCUGAGCCACGUCCCCAUACAUACAUACUUUAUUUAAAGACAGGGUCUCACUGAGAUGCUUGGAGCCUUGCUCAGUUGCUGAGGCUGGUUCUGAACUCACAACCCUCCUGCCUUAGCCUCUCAAGCUGCUGGGAUGACAGGUGUGGCCACUGCACCUAGCUCAUCUGUGACAUAACUUUGCUGUCCUGUUAUCUGUUGACCGUUCACCUGACUAAUUUGUUGACACUGGAUCUGGCUCAAUGAAAAACUGAACGGAUUUCUAGCUCUUCCAUCCCCACCUCCUCCCUUCUGUCCUCUGAACCUGCUGCUUUUCUGCUGCCUCUUGCCAAACGAGCAGUCUUGUGUCAGACAGGUAGGCCGUGGGACUGUAAAGCCAAAGAAAGUGGCCCUGUGCUUACUGUGAUGUUGUCAAGUCUUGGUGCCCACCCAGGGAGGCUCCAGCCUGCCUGUUCUUGUGUAAGGGGGGCCGUGGCAGGGCUGAGGCACCGCUACCCCACCCAGUGCCCUGUGCAUGCACUGCCCUGUCUGCAGAUGGACAAGCACUCAGGAGGAGAGCAACAGACCCAAAGUCUUUGCAGAAUUGCACCUGCCUGCACAGGAGCUACUCUAUCUUCACAGCUCCCCAGUUUCUACUGAUGAUCUUUAGAACAUAAAACAUGCUUUUAGAGAGAUUAUAUGGUUUUGCAAACAUAUCACUUAAUUUUCUUCCUCCUAUAAUCCUAUACAGUUUGCAUGGGGCCAAGUGUCCAGGUCAGCUGGUGGUUGAGCAUUCUGCUCUAAUCCUGUUAUAUUCCGUGUGCAUGUGUGUUUCUGUGUGCGUGCACACGCUUGCACAUGUGUGGUACUGGGGUUGAACCCAGGAGCAUACCCCAGCCCUUUUUAAAAUUUUUGAAUUGGUUGCAGCAGUACAUGCCUGUAAUCCCAGUAACUUAGUAGGCUAAGAUAGGAGGAUUGCAAGUUCAAGGUCAGCCUCAGCAAUUUAGCAAGAUCCUAUCAGAACGGUUGGGGAUGCAUCUCAGGGGUGAAAGCACCCCUGGGUUUAAUCCCAGUACCAAAAAAACAUUUAUUUUUUAUUUUUUACUUGGAGACAAGUUCUCACGAAGUUGCUGAAGCUGGCCUCAAAUUUGCAAUCCUUCUGUCUCAGCCUCCUGAGUUGCUGGAAUCCCAGGCAUGUGCCACCAUGCCUAGCCCUUCCACAUUUAAAGAAAAUCAUUCCCCCUUUCCUCAUAAGCCCAACAUUACAAAGAUGUUUCUUAAAAGAAAGAUGUUAAGACUUUAUUCAAGAUGUGUAUCAAGCAUCAUAACAAAACAGCAGAACAUCAGCCUUUGGAAUACUGUCAUUUACAUCCCUCCAGUGCACCGUCCAGUCCAGUCCAGUUCAGUCCAAUUGCAGAUGGUUCUGUCACGACUGCAGGAAGAGCUGGAGGGAGCAGUCACUUUUCAGAGCGCCGGCUCCUUCCGUGUGCAGUGACCGGGUGAAGUACAUCCCCUGCCACUCAAGUGCUGUGGGAGGCGAGGGGGAGGGCUCAUGAGGGUGGUGGUGGACACACACACUGCACAGACACAGGGAGGUUCCACAGAGUACACGCGUCGGGGGCCAGUGGCAGGGAGGGAGAGUGACGAGGCUCAGCAGUGAGGCAGGAGACCUGGCUCAACCUCUCAGAAGCAGCAGGUGUGCGAGCCAGUGCGCUGAACACCAUGACGGGGCAGUCACAGACUUUCGAGCUAGUGACCAGUAAACAGCCUGUCUGUAAGUCAGUGCCUUGAAGUUGUCCGGUGGCGUCCUCCAGACAACACGCCGCUCGUGCACUGAGCGGCAUUCACAUUCACACAAACAGCUGUCGCGUCAGGAGACACAUUUUGCCAAAAGCACAUGUGCAUGAGUGUCUUGAGAGAGCCCCUCCCUGGUCAGCAGUUGGAGGAAAGCAGGCUGCGCUGGGGCAGCAACGGGUGCCCGUGCACCCGACCUGGAUGAAAAGGGUACGUGAGCGCAGACUGAUCCUCUGCACGGUCACCACCGUCCAUUGUAGAACCACAGAAACAUGACAUAACCAUUGCUAGAGCCAUUUAUUAUUUUGGCAAAAUUAAAAAACAAUUGCUAGA